AUGUCGAGGCAUGCGAAGAACAAUACGGCGAGCUCGUAUUUCACAUACGCUGAACGGCAGAAGUUGAAAUAUGGCACCCAGAAGCAGCGUGUGGGGCGUGAUUCCCUCCCCAACUUCGACUGGUGCAAUCUCACCCUCGCUACCGCCGUGCAGCCUGUCGUCACGCCCGUUGGGUACGUGUAUUCGAAGGAGGCCAUCUAUGAAAACUUCCUCCAGCAGAAGAAGGAGAUCGAGCGAAAGAAGCAGCUCUGGGAGGAACAGCAGAAGCGCCUUCUCAACGACGCACAGAAGAAGGAGGACGAUGCGAAGCUGGCCGAAGUGGAAAAGUUCAUCAAAAGCGAAAACGCCGUCGCCCUGCCCCUCCCCGAAAAGGAGCGGAAGCGACAGACGGAUCGGACAGAGGAGGAGGAGCUGAAGGCGAGGGUGCGGGAGCACGCCAAGAACCUGCGCGCCUACUGGGUGCCGGGCAAGGCGCCGUCGGCGGAGGAGAGCCUGCUGCCCAAGCCGUCGUCCAAGACGCACGACCCGAUGAGCAACGACCCGGUGCGCCUCAAGGACCUCCUCCCGAUCGAAUUCACGCCCGUACAGAACGUCAACGUGCGCGAGGCCGACAAGAUCGGUCGAUGGAUGUGCCCCGUCUGCUUCACCAUCCUCUCCAACCGGGUGAAGCUGACGGCGCUGCGGACGAGCGGGAAGGUGAUGUGCCACGGGUGCUACGAGAAGUUCGUGGUGCCGGAGAUGAAGGACCCCAUCACCGGGAAGCGAGUGCGAGACAAGGACGUGAUCCACCUCAAGAGCCCCGGCACGGGCUUCUCCGCGGGCUCUGAGUCCGCCACCCUCGUCGCCACCAAGGUCGACACCGCCUUCGUCGGCUGA